AAAUAAAAAUUUGGUGUAUGAAUAGCAAAUUUUUUCUGUGAAGAUUAACAGUAUGUCAGUGCAGUCGGCUGCAUUGGAGAGAGAGAGGGAACAAUUCAUUUCAGUGUAGGGAGGAGUCUCUGAGAGAGAGAGAGAGAGAGAGAGAGAGAGAGAGAGAGAGAGAGGGAUGGGAAGGGAGGUAUCAGAGAGCUGCGUGGACAGUCUCCUAACAGAGAUGGUUUCAUCUUACAGCAAUCACUUCUAUGCCAACAAGCCAGAACUAGCUGCUCGCAGGAUCGAGGCCAUUGGCUAUCAGGUCGGCCACCAGCUCUCCGAAAGGUAUACGAUGGAGCGGCCACGGUUCAGUGAUCAUUUAGAGGCAAUCAAGUUCAUCUGCAAGGAUUUCUGGUCUGAGCUUUUCAAGAAGCAGAUAGACAAUUUGAAGACAAAUCAUAGGGGUACCUUUGUAUUGCAAGACAAUAAGUUUCGCUGGCUUGCACGCAUGUCGGUUGAUGCAUCAACUGAAAAUGGAGGUUUAUCGCAUGAUUCAUCUCUGGCUGCAGGUGAAAGCAAGGCAGCACAAGCGAUGAGCCUGCAUCUCUACUUCCCAUGUGGAAUCAUAAGGGGAGCACUUUCAAACUUAGGAAUCCCAUGUGCAGUUUCUGCAGAUAUAUCCAACCUUCCUGCAUGUUCAUUUGUGGUUCGUAUAAAGGCCUGACAAACAUCGCACCACAAAGGCAGAUGGUACUGGGAUUGUAAGCGUCUAUUUCUCACCAAUGGAGAUCUGCAUGAACAACUUUACUUCACUGUUUUUUUUCACUGGCACAACACAAGUUUCUCUCUUUUCAGUUUUAAAAUGUAUAUUUUGGGCGUCAAGUUGUAGCAGAGAGGUGUCCAGUACUUCUGCUUAUGGUGACAUUUCAGAAAACACUAUUCAUUCUAUUCUACCAUAUAAAAUUUAGAAGUGUUUGAAACA